AUGGAUGCCCAUGAUGAUGAUGGCGAAGAUCUCUUCGUGGACUAUGGAGACUUUGGGGGUGUGCAACAACAGCUGUCCCCAAAGCAUGGGGAUGCUCAGGGGGAGGACACUGCCAUGUCUGGGGAAGGGGUGCCGGACAAUGCACAGGAGUUGCUCAACAACCCUCCUAGCAGUAAUGCCUAG